UAGCCUAUUGGGUUGUGUUAAUUACAACAGCUAAGCAUUUAUAGUCAUGCAAACUUAACGUGUACACAAAGUUUCAACUCAAACGAUUGAAGAUUUGUGCUUCAAAAUUUUCUCCCAAGAUCUUUCUUCACAGACAUGGAAAAUUAAAUAAAAACUUAGUUAACAUUUAGCGGAUUGGUCCAAUUAUCGUUUGUCACUUACAGCCGACCGUGGUGAUCAAAAGAUUACACCACUUCACUUCUCCCAACCGAUGGCAUUUAUAGAACGAUAUGUUCUAGUCGUUUUAUAUAAAUAUACGAGAUUCUACUGAAUAUGAAACUAGGAUUAGAACAACGUGUAACUUGUACGUGAUAUUGUAAAUAUUAAUGUAGAACUAUAUAGUGCUUCCAUGACAUAACGUGGGCAACAUAUAGACGCCAUGCGUCGAAUCUCAUCAUAUUGUAUAUGCUUUGAUAAAGAAAAUGUCUACUUAUUACAGCAGUGCAACAUCACUCACUCUAAGAAUACCUUUUAUUUUAAUACCACGAUUUAAAAAAAUGUAAUAUAUGACUGCUUAGAUACUAAAUUACAGAAUACAGAUGUGAAUUAUUCCUUAGAUAUUAUUAACAAACAAAUAUAUAAUGUUAAAAUAUUAUAUUGGGUUCUUUAACUCAAGACUACAAUGUAAUAAUAAUAAUUUGUUGUCAUAUCUGUAAAUACCAUACGUAAUUGAAAUAUAAUUCUCUCUAUUGUCAUUUCUACGACAAAAAUGAUCUCGUACGUUUACUGGAGAAACAAAAACAUUGCUACCUUCGACAGGAGUUCACUAAUUCGAUAUAAUACUUAAUAUGUAAAUAUAUAUCUAAGAACCUUAAAUAGUACACAGUACUUAUACUAAAAUGGCUGCUAUUAAGUAUAGGUACAUAGGUUAUAAUACUUGUAAUGUUAUUAUUAAAUAAAUAAUACAUGUUUCAUAUUAUAUUGGUAGGUGCUAUGCAUUUUAUACAACAAUAGGAUAUUGUACCGCCAUGUUGUGACAUCACAGCUAUUAAAGCUACCAAUUUCGGUAGAGUUUGCCAAAAAGGAUUGACAUUAUAAUAAAACUAUACUAUUUUACAAUAUACAAAUGCAUGGUACAGAACUUACUAUAUUAUUUUGACACUGGUUUUGUGAUAUCGUCACUAUCGUCAGGAGGCGGACACUACUGAACAAAGAGAGAGUUGCCACAGCCCCAUGCUUGGCAGGAGGCUUGGGGAUCGCAGUACAGUUCCGAACAGUUGAGGAAUAUCUGCCCACCGCGUCGUUCAGUAGGACGUGCUCGGGUCCAAAGCAACAUAUGUAACUGGGUACUUCCCUUAUCAAAAAUAAAUUAUUUCAACUGUUCAGUACAAGAAAUAUUACAAAAUAAUCACACUAUCAUUAAUCGAUUUUAUGACCAACUUAAUUGUAGUAUUUUUAGCAAAUUUUUAAGAAAUAAGUGUGCUGUUGUACGCUAAAAAUGUGACGAUACACAAUCUCGUACAAAAUUCAUAGAAAACUGACGUUUUUGACAGUUGGAAAAAAGUAUUGCAUUUGCCUAGUUGGCAAUUACCCAAUUUAUACAGCGCGGGAUUUCCAUCAACAUUUUCCUUCAUGAAAAAUGUUUACGAUAUUAUGACAUGAUUGUAUAAAGAUAAUCUUUCAUAGUUUAGAUGAUACAUAAUGAUUUUUUUUGCUAUAAUAUCAAUCUUGCCGGUUAAGUACGACAUACUUAUGUCCGGUGCAUGUCAGAUGCCUGCUAAAUAUAAUGUAUAUAUAUGAUAGUGUAAGUGUAGGUAUUGUUGUCAAGUUGUUGUCUGUGUCGUUAUAUUGUUGUAUGCCCCUGUACCUCUCUACUUCCCGGGGACAAUCCAGUUCAUUGUCUAUUAUCGUUACCUCAUUAUAAAGUAAGAAAUCCAUGGGAUUGCAAAUCUUGUGAGACAUUAAAUUAUGAUUAACGUCGAUGUUUUACAUGAAUACAGUUGUAUGGUGUUUUAGUCAAAAACUGAGAUCGAUUCGCAGAUUUUUAAUUUCAGCCGUUAUUCACGUAAUUUAUCUAGUUUCGAGCCACGCUGCGGCUUAUAUUCCUAAGCAGCAUUGGCUGACACGAAUGGAAUUACCCAAUAAAUUACGCGAACUAACGUCAAUUAGUUUUAUGUAUUAUUUUUGUUAAUUUUUAUAGCGUUACCGAUGAAUAGACAGUCAAUUUGGUAAAAUGUCCCUGUUCCCUCAUAGUAUAAGGUAACCACGUGGUUUCUGUUGCAUUUCUUUGUCGUGACAUUGUAUCCCGCUCCGUUGAGUGGAUGAAUGAUUGCAAAGAAAUUGUUAAUCAAAUGCAAUAAAUAAACAUGUUGUCUUUUUGCACCAUUUUCUUUAUUUUUUCUUGUUAUUUUGUUUUUAUCCUUUCACAGGUUAUUAAGAUUAAGAGAUUACAGUUGCAGUAAUAAAAUUUUACCACCAUGUUAGUUAUAUUUUGAAAAUGUCGAAAUGUACACAAGUAAACUUGUUUCCCUUGUUAGUAAAUAUAGCAACUUAUUUUCAGUUAAAUAUGCUUUCCUCGGUAUAUUCACGUGAGCAACCCGCGCUUUUAGUUAAUUUAGUGUCUCACGAUAGUUAUUAUAAACAUAUUUCUUUACCAUCAAAACAUAUUUGUGUCAUGUCUCAAAAGAAAGUCGCUGCAUAUCCAUAAUUAUGUAAUACGACAAGGUUUGACAUAAUAUUAUUAUACGAAAUAUUUUUUAUUUCGCACAGCACCUGUUAAAGUACGAUUUUAUGCACGUUAUUUGAAAUAUUUUUGUGACUAAUUUAUUGCACCUAUUUAACCUACUCUACAGUUUGUAUUAGGCUUGUUUCAAUAACUAAGUUAUGGUUAGUGUGCAUAAGUAUUUUUCCUUCGUUCCGAAAUAAAAAUGGUAAUUAGUAUAAAAAUAUCUCAAAAGUAUUACGAUUAUGCCACUUUUUGAGGAAGGAAGGUAUUCGCACUUCGCAGCUUGAAGAUAAUUUGAAAUAUCGCGCGGUGUGUGAGCGAGAGGCUCCCGUAGUGUGAGACGGCGAUAACCGACAGGUAACAGACAUGGCGUCGCGCUAUUCAUUGCGCCGCGAUGCCGCCCGAUACACACUGCGCUCCGACAGACUACAGCGGAUGAGACUCCAUUGUUGACUACUACUACUAUCUUCCUACCUAUAAGUGAAGGCAGCGAUAACUUCUUGUAGAGAAAGUACUGAUAUUUUAUUGAGGAAAUUCUAUGAACAAAAAUUCUUGAAUGAUAUUCAUAAGAAAACGUAUAAUGUAGUUUUAGUAAUCAAGACAUUGUAUACAAUGUCUCUUUUCUAGUAGUAUACUAAUAGAGAAGUUAAUGUUAGGUGUAUCUUCAAGCGCUUAUUGAGCCAAAAUCACAGCUCACAGGGUAUAGUAAAAGUUACAGUAGCGAGAGUAAAAUGAAAUCAUUGAAAAUAGAAGCAUUACACGGUAAAUAUUUUGCCGGUGCCAGUAUGUGACUAGAAUGUCCAUAGUGUGCUAACAUGCGCAACUUUUUAUCAGCGAUUUAUUAUCAGGCCAGUAUUAUAUAACUGUCGGUGUGUGUAUAGUUUGUCUCGCUCGAACACACGCGGCGACCUAUUACCACGAUCGUCAGAGUGAGACGCAAGAUGUUGCAUUAAAUUUCGAUCCUAUUCUGUAAUGUUUUGUCCAAUCGCGUCCGAUCUCUGCGUGUUCCGGUUCUUUGUCAUCAAUGGGUUGCCGGGCGAGUCCAUUUGGAGUGCCACUCGAAAAUGUUUUACGCUAUAUUUAAACGAGAUUUUAAGCCAUGAAACGAUUUGAAUUCCGUCCGAUGCUUGUAUCUAUCAUAUAAAUCGCGAGUUUCAUUCCGGGCCGCAGUAUUUAACGCAAUCGCUCUUAGGCCCUUUCGGUAUUAAUGAGUCGGGCCCACUUCAGCUGACUGCGUCGUACGCAAGGCUACUCUAACUAAACUAGUAGUAGUCCGGCGUUCGAAGGAGACGGUCGGGUGCGGACGCGUGCGAGUGAUAUGCGGAUAUGUUAUUGAGGUUUAAAAUGUUUUUGGAACGUUUCCCAUAGGCGUGAGGGCUCGUAGAUCUCGCGAGUGAGUCGGACAGCGGUGCUAGUGCAAGCACAGUGCGCAGGGGGCAGCCGGCCGCAGCGCUGAGUGCGGACGCGGACGAGCGGAGCGAACGACGCUCAAUAAUGCUCAAAUUCCUGACUCACAAGCUGCGAACGCAUUCGUUGAAUGAGGAGAGCGUUUCCGAGAAGGUGGAGGAGCGGGACUCCGGCACCGAGUCGGACGACGAGGCCGAGCGCGCCGAGCCCGGUGAUUUCUGCACUGACGUCAUCAUGAAGUGGAACGACGUCACGGAUAUCAAGCUUAGCAGUCGUAGUUACAAUCAACCGAUACAGUGUAGCGAGAAUAGUGAGAAUUCGGAAUGUUUAAAACAUUGCUUUAAGAAAUGUUUAUAUGAGCGUGACGGUCGGCCAUGUUGCGCUCGCGCCGAAUUACAGAUUACAUCACUCUGCAAAAAAAAUCGCGUGCGCGUGCAACUGCUCGAGGAGCAAACCGAGGAGUGGGGGGGAAGUGUGGGGGAGGAGGAGGCAGAGAGGGGGGAGCGGCACGCUUUAACGACCUUGGCCUUGCUCGGGCUGCGGCCAAGUACUGUCUUCACUGAAGCACUGAAUUACACAGCUUUGUUCAUAUACUUCUUUUCUUUCUACACCAUGCCAGGUAUGGGUGGCGAGGCGUGCGCGUGCGCCCCGACGCCGCCGCGACUGCUGCCGGAGCCCGAGCCCGACCACCUGUACGACCACCACUCCUCAGAAGAGGAACUAGAGGUGAUCAAUGGCGCACUGCGCGGCGCGGGCGCCACUGGCGCCGGCGCGGGCGCUGAGGGCCCGAGUGCUGGCACGGGCGCCGCAGAAUCGCGGCGUCGCGGCGCUUCCUCUCCGCCACCCGCCGCCCCCGAGAAACGCAAGUGGCCAGCACAGCCCUACUUAGACCCCGACAACGACGAGCACACGCCCCGGCCAGCAUCUUCUGACGACGACGACACCAAGGUGGAGACACCGGUGCGGUUCAGAACUUCUCCCCCAUUGGAAGCACUCAAGCCAAGGCGUGGGGGUGCCGGCGGGUGCGCGUGCGCGAGUGGGGGAGCGAGCGGAGGGCGCGCGCCGCUGUCGCCGCGUCGCCGGCGCCUGCCACUGCCGCCGCCGCGCCGUCAUCGUCCCGCACUCGAUUUCGACAAAAUGCAGCAGUUUGACAGUGUUCCUAGUAACGUACACAUGACGCGUGAUGGAGCUGAAGGUGGGCGGCGGCGGAGUGCGGUCGUGGCGGGCGGUGGGCGGCGCGCACGGCGGGGAGCUGUCCGUCUUCUGCUGGUGAUGGGGCCGCCGCUUGUCGGUGGGGUGUCGCUGGCAGGUGCGGGCGCGGACUGGCGGGCGGACGGUCGGGCCCCGCGGCCGCGCUGGGUCCCGCAAGUGCCCCGGCCGGGCCGGGCCCCGCCGGCCCCGCGAGGCCCCCGCCGGCCCCGGCGCCCCGUAGCCCCAGUGUCGAGCCACGAGCGCCCCGCGCCCCACUUGUAUGUGUUAGUGAAAUGUCUGUAAUCAGUCCCCGUUAGCGCAAUAAGAACGUUUCCAAGUCCCGUACUGCAGUACCGCUCCCGCAAGUAGUGGCGGUGCGCGGGGCGUCGUGGCGCAGUAGAUAGCUCCGGCCUGACCUCUCACAGCAUGUGUUGCACCACCUGAAGCCUGAAGCUCGCCCGAGCCGCCGAGCCACUGGGUCAGUCAGUCGGUCGAUCAGUCAGUCAGUCAGUCAGUCAGUAGACACGUGGCUGGGCGGCCUGCGACAUCCAGUUCCUUUGUAAAUUGCACUCUAAUAAUGAUCAAAGUACAAACUUACGAUACUAGGAGGUGUCCGCAGACUGGCACCUCAGCCGGCGAUGCCCGCCGACACUGUUUUUCGAAGAAUUUACUCGUUUUGAAUACUGUGUUUUAUCCAUCAGUUUGAUACUUGACUAGAUUGUCAGAACGCGGGAUUUUUAAUGAAUAUUUAGUUAAUGAUGUCAACGAAACUACAAGUUUAUACGAGGCCAUCGCUAGGGUAACGCUGUGCCCAAAUUACUUUAAUUUGUCUAUUGUGAUAAAAUGGUAUUGUAAUGAUAUUUCAAUGGACUGAAUCCGAGCGGCCGCGCCGCCCUGGCCGCGCAGUCAGGGCGGCGCGGCCGGCCGCCUAUAUAGAGGUACGUUGUACGUUGUCGUGGGACUUCGCCUCGAGUUUUUGAUCUCGAAUUGCGAGUGAGUCGCGCCGCCCCGGCCGGCUGCGCGCGGUUCCUCCGUAGAGUACGUUCGUUAUAUUUUACCAGUUUAAUGUCAAUUGCUAUGAGGACGGCUGCCCGCUGGCGCAGCUCGUCGUUCGUACAAGUUAUGUCGGUUGUACUCUAGUUGUAUACUUAUGUUAGUAGUUUUUAGCGGGGCUAAAACAUUCUGUUACUUGUAUUGUGUUAUAAAACGAAAACGAAAAAAAAUGAAACAUAAUAAAGUUAAUGUGGUGCGAGUGGAGUCAGUGAAUUUAACGAUAAAGACAUUUAACAAAUUUUCAAAUUAAUAUGAUAAAAAGUACUAAGACUUUUUUUAAAAAUCGCUUGGAUAAAGAUAUUGUAUGUACAUAGUGUUAAGUGACGUAGUAUAAGUGCAGACUUAGAUGUAGUAGGUAUAACAAAUUGUAUGGCGGCGGCGCGCCGCGCCCGCUCUAUUGUUAACGACUUUUCUUUUUUAAUUGUGUUAUUUUUUAUUUCUGCUAUAAUUUCGUUACUGACACUUUCUUUGUUAUCGAGCCAUCAUCUGCGGCCCGCGCGGGUUCCGCCGCGCCAGUGCUGCCAGACAGUCCUGUCUGCGCCAGUGCUGCCAGACAGUCCUGUCUGCGCCAGUGCUGCCAGACAGUCCUGUCUGCGCCAGUGCUGCCAGACAGUCCUGUCUGCGCAGUGCUGCCAGACAGUCCUGUCUGCGCCAGUGCUGCCAGACAGUCCUGUCUGCGCCAGUGCUGCCAGACAGUCCUGUCUGCGCCAGUGCUGCCAGACAGUCCUGUCUGCGCCAGUGCUGCCAGACAGUCCUGUCUGCGCCAGUGCUGCCAGACAGUCCUGUCUGCGCCGGGCGUACAGUCCGGCCACUGAGCCCCGCCGCGUGCCCACUCUGCCGGGCUGGUGCCAUAAGAGUAAUAUAAUGUGAAUAAAGGACAUUUUUGUAUGGGUUUUCUAGGGGAUAAUAGCUUAUAACUAGUCCGGUAGAGCGGGCCACAGUGGAGUGGUUCAGGCGCCGCCGCCGAUAUAUCGCGCGCUGUACUGGACGCACUGGCCGGACCUCGCGGCCAUCUUGUUUGCAACAAUCAGUGGUGAUAUUUUACAAAAUAAUUUAUAUUAUGUUUUUAUAUAUUAACAAGCGUAAUAAAGAGUGAGCAAAAGCACAUCUU